AUGUACCUCAAACUUGGCCGGGUCCCCGCCGCCCGCGCCGUGUUUGACACAAUGGCGUGCCGAAACAUCAUGUCCUUCAACAUCCUCAUCAACAGUCUCAUCCAUAACGGGGACAUCAACGCUGCCCGCAAGCUGUUCGAUGAAAUUCCAGAGAGGAACCUCGCCACCUGGAACGCCAUGAUUGUCAGGCUGGCUCACUUCGAGCUCGACGAGGAGGGACUCGAGUGCUUCCUGAGGUCGAGGAGGGAGGGCCUGCGUCUCGAUGAGUUUAGUUUGGGGAGAACCUUGCGAUGCUGCACCGGAUUGAAGGAUGCAAGUUCUGGUCGCCAAAUCCAUGCCUUCGUGGUUAUCAAUGGGUUUGGGCAGGACAUGUGUGUUGGGAGCUCUCUAGCUCACAUGUACAUGAGAAGUGGUCAUCUUGAAGAAGGAGAAAGGGUUCUGAAAGGAUUGCCUUUCCUCAAUGUGGUCUCUUGCAAUACUGUGAUUGCAGGAAGAACACAAAAUGGGGACCCUGAAGGGGCCUUCCACCAUUUCAUCCUCAUGAAGAAUGUCGGAUUGUUGCCAGACCAUGUAACCUUUGUUAGCAUCAUCAGUGCAUGCUCUGACUUAGCUGCCUUAGCACAGGGGCAACAAGUGCAUGCACAAGUCAUCCAUGUUGGAGUUGGUUCAGUCACCCCGGUGAGGAGUUCACUGAUAAGCAUGUAUUCCAAGUGCGGUUGUUUGGAGGAUUCAAGCACGAUAUUUUCUGAAUCUGAUGCAUCAGACCUUGUGCUCUGGAGCUCCAUGAUUGCAACCUACGGUUUUCAUGGACGUGGAGAGGAGGCUAUCAAGUUGUUUAAUGAGAUGAUCGGAGAAGCCACAAUUAUCAUGCUGUAG